AUGCCCGUUUUGGAGCAAUUCAAAAACUUUAUCAGACACGGAAAGGCUGCUCGGGAAGCGCCAGAGGGCUCGAUUAACGACCCGUCCGCAGGUCCAGCGAUCCAAGUUCAUCCCGCCGAAAGCUCCUCUUCGUCCAGAAAUACCUCAUCUGGGUUUGCCCCGCAAGACAAAGCUUCUCCUAUUCCAGCAUCCACUUCGCAAACGCACGCCGGCACCUCGUCAACCGCCAAAUCACAUCAACAAACACAACCAGAUUCGCAAGCUCGCGACAUGAAGCAAUCCAAUGGAAACCACCUCGCUGUGCCUGCCGCCACAAGCUCGUCCAAGGGCGUUGCUGCCAACGAGCAGUACCAGCGUGAGGCAGAGCGUAUCGUCGCCGAAGAGCGCGAGGCAUCAGAAAAGAUGCCUUACUACGAAGGCCUCAGCGAGCGAUUCCAGCUCAUCAAGAAGAUGGGCGAUGGCGCCUUCUCCAACGUCUACAAGGCGAGAGACCGCCAGACCGGCCAGAAGGUCGCUAUCAAGGUCGUCCGCAAGUACGAGUUGAAUAGCAACCAGGAUCGACUUGACCCCAACUUCCGAAAGAAGAACCGCGUCACAGAGCGUGCCAACAUCCUCAAGGAAGUGCAGAUCAUGCGCAAUCUCAAACACGAAGGCAUCGUCGACCUGCUCUCGUUCUCGGAGUCGCGCGACCACUACUUUUUAGUGCUCGAGCUCAUGGAGGGGGGCGAGCUCUUUCUCCAGAUUGUCAAGCUCACCUACUUUAGCGAGGCUUUGGCGCGCCACGUCAUCCUGCAAGUGGCCCACGCCAUUCGGUACCUGCACGAGGAGCGUGGUGUAGUGCACCGAGACAUCAAGCCCGAAAACUUGCUCUUCGAGUCGAUCAAGAUCGUCCCUUCCAAGCAGCCCAUCCAGCGUCCGUACGACGAGGAGAAGGAGGACGAGGGCGAGUUCAUGCCUGGCAUUGGCGGGGGUGGCAUUGGGCGUGUCAAGAUCGCCGACUUUGGUCUGAGCAAAGUGGUGUGGGAGGAGAGCACCAUGACUCCCUGCGGUACUGUCGGAUACACGGCGCCGGAGAUCGUCAAGGACGAGCGCUACUCAAAGUCGGUCGACAUGUGGGCGCUCGGGUGCGUGCUGUACACGCUGCUGUGCGGCUUCCCGCCGUUCUACGACGAGUCGAUCUCGGUGCUGACGGAAAAGGUCGCCAAGGGCUACUACACGUUUUUGAGCCCCUGGUGGGACGAUAUUAGCGCAUCAGCCAAGGACUUGAUCACGCAUCUUUUGUGUGUCGAUCCACGCCAGCGCUAUACGAUCGACGAGUUCCUGCGCCACCCAUGGUGCAACGUCAAGGACCCCAUCCCCGACCUCAACUCGGCCGACAUCGCGCUGGCCAAGGCGUCCGAGAUGCCGCUCGACUCGCCGUUGCUGGCGGCCAUGAAGACGAGCAACGCGACACGUAACAGCAUGAUGUCGCCUGGCAUCAACCGACUCAAGGAGGCGUUUGACGUGACGUAUGCGGUACAUCGGAUGGAGGAAGAAGGCGCUCGCAAGCGCGCGGUUGGUGGCAACCCGCUGGGAGAGCUCAACGAGGAGGACGAGAGCGACGAGGCGGACGAGGCGCGACGCAAGUACGGCGACGCAGCGGGUCAGGCCAUCGAGAACCAGCGCGGUGUCCGCAAUCAGAAUGCCAGUGCUGCAGCCCGUUCGCAGCCGGCGUCAUCGACACAGCAGCACCGUCACCACCAGCAGCAGCAGCCACAGCAACCACAGCCACCAGCGCAGCAGCAGCAGCAGCAGCAGUACCAGGGUCGUGGCGGCGCGGAUCGUCGUCUCGCCGAAGCGGCGCUGUACGAGGGCCGGGCAGGACCGCGAGACCGUGGCCAGAACUCGAACCGCAAGCGCGGCUUCGAGCUCAACAUGGGGAACGCCACGCUGCUGGGACGAAGGAACAAGGCUGGUGGUGUGGGUACACCGCGCCUCGACAACCUCGGCAACCCCAUCAUCGACGGUGCGCAUGCGGCCGGUAUCGUUCCUGGCAGCCCGAUGCGUGUCGACUGA